GCCCUGAGCCAAACGAAUUAUAAAGCCAGUACCUGACCAACCGGUCGAUCGCUGUUUGCUUUCUUUUUCUGUCAUCAUUGUCGGUUCUAUAUUCUUUUUCCUCUUUUGUCUUCCGUUCAUAUUUCUCCUUUUAUAGAGAGAGAAACGUGACAAUGCGCUUCUCACUCAUUGCUGCUGCUGCUGCUGCUCUAGUCACUGCUCCCCAAGCCGCAGCCACUCCCAUAGAUGGGUGGGAUCUGCUUGCUGGAAAAGCUCUUGCCAAUCAAGUUCUUUACCAGUAUUCCAAGCCGAACUCUGGAAGCCCAUGUACCCCUUUCAAUGCUGCUGUUCGUAGGGAAUGGGGCUCUCUCUCGAAGAGCGAACGCAAGGAGUACACUGACGCCGUUAACUGCCUUGCGUCCAAACCCUCUCAGGAUCGUGCCCUUGCUCCCGGAGCGCGUAACCGGUUCGACGACUUUGUUGCUGUGCACAUCAACCAAACGUGGACCAUCCACGGGACGGGCAGUUUUUUGACAUGGCACCGUUACUUCACGUGGGCCUAUGAACAGGCUCUACGCAAUGAGUGUGGUUAUACCGGCUACCAGCCCUACUGGUCCUGGGGCAAGUAUGCGGAUGACCCAGAAAAUUCUCCGAUUUUCGACGGCUCCCCGUACAGUAUGUCCGGCAAUGGCGAAUUCAUCCCCCACAACGGGAGUUUGGCUGCUCCUGGAAUUGUGCUGAAGCCUGGAACUGGAGGCGGCUGCGUGAAGACCGGCCCGUUCAAGGACUGGCAAGUCAACCUGGGCCCUCGUUUCCCUAGCCUGAAGCUUCCGGGAAUUGUUGCGCAGAACGGCUCCGGGCUCAAUUACAACCCGCGUUGUCUGCGCCGGGACGUCUGCAAGGAUGCCGCUCGCUGGACCACAGUCGACCAAAUUGUCGACUUGAUCGACAACUACAAGAAUAUCACCCUGUUCCAGAACCGACUCCAAGGCGAUUUCCCCAAGGGCUUUCUUGGUAUUCACAGUGGCGGCCACUAUACCAUUGGCGGUGACCCCGGUGGUGAUUUCUUUGCUUCCCCUGGCGACCCAGCAUUCUUCCUCCACCAUUCCGCUAUCGACCGUCUCUUCUGGACGUGGCAAAACCUUGAUCCCGCACAUCGCACGUUCGUGGUUGACGGCCCUACCAUCAUGGCGGGCCUCGUCGACAACCCCCCAAAUACCACCCUUGACGAUAUGCAGCACUUUGGCACCUUGACCGAACCUAAGACUAUUCGUCAACUGCUGGACACUACCGCUGGGCCAUUCUGUUACGUCUAUUUGUAAUAACACGUUUCCAACGUUGGGGUUAGCGGGGAGGAUCCCUUGAGCCAAGUAUAA